AGUUAUCUCAGACUACAGUAUCUCUCGCGUGUGUGUUGAUGAGCAUAGGAGCAUAAAUAUAUCAGUUCAAAAUAUUUUCCUUUAAAAGUCUUGUUUGUUUUUUAUUGAGUUUCAGUUGCGUGCUGACAAAACUAAGCGUAGUACAGAUAGAAAAAAAGUUUUCGAUUUGCAACAAACAUUUAUCAUUGAAUAUAAAAAUUUAAUUGAAAUGCCUCAAGAAAUUAACGUUGAAAAGCAUUCGAAUGGAAUUGAAAAUGGCAAGUCAAAUGGAUUUAAAGAACAAAAAGAUGAUUCAUCGUCUACUACUUUAUCUUCGAAAAUUUCAUCUCAAGCGUUUUCUAUCAUUGAAGCUUACCCUUACGAAACGAUUGAUAAAAUUGCCAACUUCUUGUUAGAGAGAACAAAGUUACGUCCCAAAAUUGGAAUCAUUUGUGGAUCUGGUUUGGGACAUCUCGCUGAUAAUUUGACAGACGCUGAUAGUUUUUCUUAUGAAGACAUUCCAAACUUUCCCGUAUCAACAGUUGAAGGUCAUGCAGGAAAAAUGAUAUUCGGUCUUCUUGAUGGAAUACCAGUGAUGUGCAUGCAAGGAAGAUUUCAUUAUUAUGAAGGAUACUCGCUGGCAAAGUGUGCAAUGCCAGUCAGAGUCAUGAAGUUGGUUGGAUGUACGCAUUUGAUAGCUACAAAUGCAGCUGGUGGAUUGAAUUCAAACUAUAAUGUUGGUGAUAUUAUGAUAGUUAAAGAUCACAUAAACAUUAUGGGAUUUGCCGGCAAUUCACCCCUUCAGGGACCAAAUGAUACACGAUUUGGUUCAAGAUUUCCACCCAUGUGUAGAGCUUACGAUCCCGAAUAUAUCAAAGUUGCACAAAAAGUUGGUGAAGAAAUUGGAAUGGAAAUUCAUACUGGUGUUUAUAUAUGCGUGGGUGGACCUAAUUACGAAACUGUAGCAGAACUGAAAAUGUGGAAACUUCUUGGAGUCGAUGCAGUUGGCAUGUCAACUGUUCAUGAAGUAAUUACAGCACGUCAUUGUGAUAUGAAAGUAUUUGCAUUCUCACUCAUCACAAACAAAUGCGAAACUGAAUAUGAAAGCCAUGAAGAAACGAAUCAUGAUGAUGUUGUGACGAUUGGAUUGAAACGCCGAGAUUUAUUGACUAAAUAUGUCACAAAAAUGGUUGAUGAAAUCAAUGAGAGUAUUUUCUUUCCUUACAAAAUGAUUGACGAUAUUGCCAACUUCUUGCUAGAGAGAACAAAGUUACGUCCAAAAAUUGGAAUCAUUUGUGGAUCUGGUUUGGGACAUCUCGCUGAUAAUUUGACAGACGCUGAUAGUUUUUCUUAUGAAGACAUUCCAAACUUUCCCGUAUCAACAGUUGAAGGUCAUGCAGGAAAAAUGAUAUUCGGUCUUCUUGAUGGAAUACCAGUGAUGUGCAUGCAAGGAAGAUUUCAUUAUUAUGAAGGAUACUCGCUGGCAAAGUGUGCAAUGCCAGUCAGAGUCAUGAAGUUGGUUGGAUGUACGCAUUUGAUAGCUACAAAUGCAGCUGGUGGAUUGAAUUCAAACUAUAAUGUUGGUGAUAUUAUGAUAGUUAAAGAUCACAUAAACAUUAUGGGAUUUGCCGGCAAUUCACCCCUUCAGGGACCAAAUGAUACACGAUUUGGUCCUCGUUUCCCACCGAUGAGUAAAGCUUAUGAUCCCGAUUUAAUCGUUACCGCUCUUAAAAUUGCUAAAGAAAUGGGAAUUGAUAAAGAAAUCUACACAGGUGUAUAUACAUGUCUCGGUGGUCCAAAUUAUGAGACAGUUGCGGAAUUGAAAAUGUGGAAUCUUCUUGGUGUUGAUGCAGUUGGAAUGUCAACUGUUCAUGAGGUUAUUACAGCACGUCAUUGUGAUAUGAAAGUUUUUGCUUUUUCUCUUAUCACAAACAAAUGUGUAACUGAAUAUGAAAGUAAUGAAGAAGCAAAUCACGAAGAAGUUAUGUCGAUUGGUUCAUUAAAACAAGAAACAAUGACUAAGUUGGUCACUGAAAUGGUCAAGAAAAUCAACAAAUCAAACUAAAAUCACCUAUUUAAAUAAACAUUAAAACAAUUUGAAUAUUUAAUUAUCUACCUUAAUGUUAAAGCAUUAUUAAAAUUUCACUCAAUCAUCAAUACAUAAAUAAGAUAUGAAUAAUAUUUUAUUGAGCUUUUUGAAUUAGCACUAUUGCCACAGCAUUUAUAUCUAAAUAUAGAUAUAGAUAUCUAAUUGAAAUUUUAUGAAAUAAAUUAAAUUUUAAUAUUUACGUCAUUAUUUGAUGUGAAAAAAAAAUGUUUGUCUAUUGAAUAAGCCAUAUUUUCAAAUAUUUUUAUGAUAUCAUGCAAGGCCUUUGCAGCAAAGGUAAAUAAGCAAAUUAUUGAUAAUUAUUAUUUAUCUGAAAUUAUAGAAAUAAACAUCUUCGAAUAGAUAUAAUAAAAAGUCAUUUUCUAUUAAAGAAAUUUUAGUUCCUUUAGCUACCAUCAUAGCUUUUAACAGUUAAUGUAAAAAGAAAAGUUCUUGCAAACGUUAGAUAUAAUUAUUUCUCUUUUUCGUUUCAUUUAUAACCUUCGAAAAUAAUACAUAACACCACAUUUUCCUAUCUACAUAUUAUUGGAAUAUUUUUGAACAAAAACUGACGAUUUCUACUUCAUUUUUAAUACACAAUUCAAUGUUCCAAAAAAUGUCUUAUAACAAUUAGUGACGUUAUUAAAAAUAAGAAAUUCACAGGAAUAUUAUGAGUUGCAUAAUUGCAACCAUCUUCAGCACAAGCACAGUAUAUUGAACUGACAUGUGAUGUAAAAGCACUUUUGUAGCAUGAUUUGUCUACAUUUUCGCUUUGCUCUGUUUCAUUUAUGAAUCCACAUGAUCGAAUAAUUCGAAUUUUACCAUAGACGUUUUGAGUUAAUUUUCUACACCAUCGAGCUUCCACCGUCUCUACCUCAUUUGUAAUUGAUUUUAUAUCUUUAUUAAUCGGUAAACAUUCGUUAUAAAAUCCUUCAGCAUUAGAAUGAACGAAUGGAUCAAGGCAAUCCGUAUUAUUAAAUGAAUUACAUUCGUAACACUUCAAUCCGCUAACUUCUGCAAAC